CGAGUACCUUGAAUUUUGUUUGUGUGCAGGUGCUACCUGGGAGGAUACUCUGCAGCUCUCCCCGACGCACAUCGUCCCUUACCUUUUCGUUCAAAUUCAUACUGGUGGCAGGCACGAAUGAGGUUGAUACUGUCGGGUAUGAUCACAGGUACCUCGCGAGCUAGGUACUCUAGAGUAUACACCGUCUAGCUCUUACCGAAAGUUCCGAUGUCGAUUCCCUGUGCAUCGGCGUCAGGUACUUGUGGUACAGGUGAACUUCUCGCUUUGUGAACCCUGCUGGCUUACAACCUCUCGAUAUAUAGAGUCGCCAUUGACUCGUUUCUCUGAAUUCCAAUUAAUACCUAUUUUGUUCUUGAGCCUUAUCCUGACUGGUUGUCAGAAGGUCCUCAUCACAAGCUCUCUUCCUUCAAUAAUUUCUCGCGUCCAUAGGAAACAAAUCCUCACAGGGCAUUAAGCAGUCCCAAAUUCCCUGGAUAAAAGCCCAACUUUGGUCAAACUGUUUCUCUAAUUCUAAUCAUGGCCGAUUCAUUAGUAUCCCAUGUCAAAACCCCGGCGUCUGACACGCAAAAUGAGGAUAUUGAGAGUGGCUCAUAUACAACAACUUCCAAUACAGAUUCCCACACACCAAGCAGUCUAAAAACGAAAGAUGGUGACUCGGUAAUUAACGUUGAUGCUCGGUCCAGCUCUCAAAUCAAAGCUGCGUCCUUAUCCUUAGAGGAACAGGUGAGUUGGAAUCAUAAUACUGCAUAUGCCAUCUGAGUAUACUGACGGAAGGAAUCAGGUUUCACUGCUGGUUGGUGCGGAUUUCUGGAGAACGAAGUCGAUUCCCGAGAAAAGAAUACCAGGCAUAAAACUAAGUGAUGGUCCCAAUGGUGUAAGGGGAGCUAUUUUCAAAGCUGGAACAAAGGUACGUAUCCUUUUAUCAAAUCUCCCAAUCGCAGCACUGACAAACUUUCCAGGCAGCGCUUUUUCCAUGUGGUGUAUCGCUAGCUGCAACUUUCAAUACCAACCUCAUGUAUCAAGUUGGUCAACAUCUUGCUGAUGAGACGAGAGCCAGAUCCGCAGAUGUACUUCUGGCGCCUACAGUUUGUUUACAUCGUGGACCGUUGGGCGGUCGAAAUUUCGAAUCGUUUUCCGAGGACCCGUUUUUGACGGGGAAGCUCGCGGUGCAAUAUAUCAAAGGGCUUCAAGAUAAGGGGAUUGGAGCGACCAUUAAACGUGAGUUUUAAUUGACUUCUGAUAUGAUAGAUAGCUUACUGUUACAGAUUUUGUAUGCAACGAGCAAGAAACUGAGAGAAUGAGGGUUGACUCGGUUAUACAAGAGAGACCUUUACGAGAAUUGUAUCUGAGACCAUUUGAGAUGGCUAUUAGAGAUGCGAAUCCGUGGGCGGUUAUGACUUCGUAUAAUCUGAUUAAUGGUGUCCAUGCCGACUCACACAUGCAUAUCCUCAAAGACAUUUUGAGAGGGGAAUGGGGUUAUGAUGGGUAAGUUAAUUCUCUACUUGGUCACGAUGUCUGACUUUUGAAAGGACGGUCAUGUCUGAUUGGGGUGGAGUAAACUCGAUAAUUGACUCUAUCGAAGCUGGUUGUGAUGUGGAAAUGCCCAAUUCCUCGAAAUGGCGAGGUGGAAAGGCCAUAGCCGCUGUAAAAGAUGGUUCUCUAAGCAAAGAAGCUGUGGAACAAGCCGCUGCGAAUGUUCUAUAUUUGGUCGAACGAACCAAGGGCAAUGACAUGUCAUCCGAAGCAGCCGAACGUGAAGACGACCGGGAAGAAACACGAAAACUCAUACGAGAUGCUGGUGUCGAAGGUAUUGUUUUAUUGAAGAAUGAAGGUGGUUUGCUCCCAAUCAAACCAUCUCAAACGAAGAUCGCGGUUAUCGGACCAAAUGCAAACCGAGCUAUCGCUGGAGGUGGUGGGAGUGCGAGUCUUAACCCUUAUUACAACACCAUUUCUCUGGACAGUAUUAGAGCCGUUUCCGAAAGGGAUGUCACAUACUCUCUUGGAUGUCAAACAUAUAAAUGGCUUCCUCUAGCGGCUGACUACUGUACCACCUCUUCUGGGGAGCAAGGGGUUAGCCUUGAAUUUUUUGUGGGCGAUAAAUUUGAAGGCACGCCGAAAGUUAUCCAGCACAGGACGAAUACGGAUUUGUUUUUAUGGGACUCCGUUCCACUGGAAGUAGGAGGUGUGUGGUCAUGUUACUGCAAGACGAGAAUUACACCUACAACUACUGGUCGACAUACAAUCGGUUUUUCGAGUGUUGGCCCUGGGAGAUUACUUGUGAAUGGAAAGGUGGUUAUUGAUCUUUGGGACUGGACGGACGAAGGAGAAGCAAUGUUCGAUGGUUCGAAAGAUAUUUUGGCCGAUAUAGUUAUGGAAGCCGACGUUCCAGUGGAAAUCAUUGCAGAAAUCAACAAUGAAGUUCGUCCCAUAACCCGCCAAAAACAAGCCAAAAUGACACAUCAUAAUGGUGGUUGUCGAAUCGGCUACAAAGAAGAGGAUAAAAUCGAUUACCUACAAGAAGCAGUGGAAGCAGCUAAAGUUGCGCAUGUUGCGAUUGUUAUUGUAGGUCUUGAUGAAGAGUGGGAAUCUGAGGGGUAUGAUCGCCAGACUAUGGAUUUACCGAAGGAUGGAAGUCAGGAUCGACUUAUUGAGGCAGUUGUGAAGGCGAAUCCUAGGAGCAUUGUUGUUAAUCAAUCUGGAAGUCCUGUUACCAUGCCAUGGGUGGAGAAGGUUCCUGCUAUUUUGCAGGCGUGGUAUCAAGGACAGGAAGCUGGGAAUGCAUUGGCCGAUGUUCUUUUUGGGGUUAGGAAUCCAAGUGGGAAGUUACCCGUGAGUACUCUCCUCUCCAAUCCUUCUUCCUUUUUGUGUUUUGUUGAAGGGUACUGAGAGCUGAUGUGAACCGUGAUAGACCACAUUCCCUAAACGUCUAGAAGAUAACCCAACAUACCAUAACUGGCCAGGUGGAAACCUUCAAGUCCUUUACGGUGAGGGUCUUUACAUUGGAUACAGACAUUACGAACACCUCUCUCUCGCGCCUCUAUUCCCAUUCGGUCACGGGUUAUCAUAUACCACUUUUUGUUACGGCCCUCCCUCGCUCUCCUCUUCCGUACUUAAGAACAACCAAACUAUCACUCUCAGUCUAACCAUCACCAACACCGGCUCUAGAGAAGGAGCGGAAGUCAUACAAGUUUACAUCAAACAGAAAAAGAGUCGCCUACCCCGCCCAGAGAAAGAACUGAAAGGUUUUUGCAAAGUUGAACUGCGGGAAGGGGAAGGCAAGGAGGUACAGAUUGAGCUGGAUAGGUAUUCGGUUGGUUAUUGGGAUACGGAGUUAAGAGAUGGAAAGGGUGCGUGGAUUGCGGAAAAGGGGGAUUUUGAGGUGUUGGUUGGGGGGAGUAGUGUUGAUAUUCGGGGAUGUGUGGGGUUUGUUGUUGAGGGGUUUACUUGGGUUUUUUAGAGGGAGGGGGUUUGUGUUAUGGUUGGCUGGGUGGAGUUGGUCUUCUUCUUUGGUGUUGUGCAGACCGGUUGUCUCUGUUGAGUUGAGGUAGGAGAUGUUGUUUCUUAAGGUGGGUUUAGAGGAUAGGGGGACGGGAUUGGUUUUGAUGAUACCUAGGUAAUGAAUGUUUUAAUUUCUUAACGAUAA